AUGUUCUGUGGUGCGCACCACGCAUUCCACCGCUGGGUAUUGCAGGAGAAAGCCCGCAUUGCGAAAGCCGCGGCAGCCAACCAGCUCCAGAUGGAUGUGGAUGAUGGAACCACACCGGCACCUCUGAAGCGUCGUGCAACUGCAGACGCUGACAUGGAGGCUGAAGAUAUUGAUGAAGAAACAGAGCUCCUGUACGCCCAGGCUGUGGCUAUGGCAGACAAUGAGCAGGAGAUGGCUGUGGAUCAAGCUGAAGACGAUGAGGAUGAGAAUGUGGGCAAUUUGGGAGGUGACCACGGUGAGACUUUCAGUGUGGCCCCGGAACCGAAAAGAGCAGGGAGAGGUUGCAGAUCCGAAGCCCCCAGUCCACGUGGUGGGGCCAAGUCAAGUGUUGGCAGAGGUCGGGGGCCUAGCAAAGCAAAAAGCUUUGCACCAGUGAUGCUGAAGGAGCAUGGCGCGAUUCCUGGCAGUGGUGCUGCUCCCGUUGCUCUUCCUUCUCCAGGGCAAGCUUCGCCAGCAACUUCAAGACCAAGUCUGCACGAUGGGUGGGAAAAGCUCGUUUCAGUCGAUGAGCUAGAUUUGAAGGCAUCCGCAUGCACUCUCUUGACGGCCCCAAAGUCCCUCAAAGACAGCAAAAAGUGGUCGGUCGAAAUUGCCAAGAUGCUUCCCUUUUUGACUGACCUUCAAUCAUUGCUCUCUUCAUCCUCACAAGUCACAAAUCAGCACAUCAAGAGCAGCUUGACAAGUUUCAAGAACAAGUGCAAUGACAAGAUCGACAAAAGGGUGGGCUAUGACACGGGAAAGAAUGAUGCGUUGUCAAAGCGGUGCACCGCCAUCCGCCAGAUCAUGGAGUCCUGUAAAGACUUGCGCGCCCUUUGCCUAGCUUUGAAAAAUGGCAGGCCAGACCUUUCCAAGGUGGCAGAGCAUGUGUUCGCCAUCGAAGAUUCCUGGAAGUCUUUGAAAAAGGAGUUGUGGGUACCGCUUCCGGUGCACUGGGUACAGGCAUGGGUCAGCAACCAUAUCAAUGCUGAGAUCAAGGAGUUUCAGGCACUAGACGGCUUGUCGGAAGGUCUGGGGGACUCAUUGAAUUCCCUUGUGUUUCUCAAAGCGGAGAUCGGAGAAACCAUCCCGUCAAAAAAGGACUACAAGCUCCUCGCCUUUUCACAGGAGACUGCAUGCCACGUACUUGUCACAGUCGCGCUUUGCCUUUUCACUUUCAUGGUGAUUUUCUGA